AUGCCGUCGUACAGGGAGCGCUUGGACCGACUCCGGAUUUCGGAUGUCUGUUGGAUCCCUUAUGGGGAGCAUCGGGAGGUCCGGGACUUCCACGUCAGAUCAUGCUAUUCCGGUCUCUUGCGCUGGGGGCCUGUUGCUGUUUAUUACCGACCGGAGAGGGUCGUGCGGCAGUUUGGUUACACGCAGACCAUUCCUGCUCCUCCUGUCGAUUCAUGGGUCUUGUAUGAUGGUAUACACGACAGGUGGAUGCACUACGAGUAUCAUAUCGUACCUGCAGGUAAGGUGUGCAUUGUGCCAGGGGCAUGUUCCAGUGACUACAUCGACUGGUUCCUCCGCAUCUCCCAUCCUUUCGUGACACCAGGCCACGCAUUAGAUCCUCUGCCUCAUGGUCACACCCCGCAACCCCGAGUCGUCCCUCAGGUCCCGCAGACGGAUAUCCCUCGCGUGUCGGAGCUAGGAGCAUCGUCAACAUCUGCGAAGGAGCCCAGACAUGCACUGGAAGUUUGUGAUGACAUUGCUGAGAGGUUGGAGCGCCAUCUGAGUUUAGGGGUGGUCACGCCUGGCUCAUCGACACAUGAGGUGAUUGAAGAAUGCCUCAGAUUGGCCAGGAGUGUGACACAAGACCAUCUAGUAUACGUUAGAUGUAGACGCAGGUGGCGCACUGAUCAGGCGUAG